AUGCCUAUUACCGACACUCUUCAGCCACCCCUUUCCCCUGCCGAAAGGGUCAUUGUCAAAUCCUAUGGUGGCUGGACCCGGUUCAUGCAGUCUUUUGGACUCAAGCCAUGGGAGGAGGAUGAUGCUGCCGAGGGGAAGCAAAUUCUUCGAACCUUUGUUGCUAGUGAUGAGGAAGAUAAGAGAGAUUCUAAAUGA